CCCAUUUGAGAGAUUCUCAACUGGAAACUACAGUGUGAAGUCAAACGUUCAAAGUAUCCUGUAACUCGUGAUGGAAACGUUUGAAUCCCAGAUGAGAGAUCCUCAAGUAAAAACUGCAGUGUAGAAUCAAAUCUUCCAAAUUUCUACAUCUAUCUAAAUAGGAUUAAUAAACAAUCUUAUAAACGACUAUGUAAGAGCAUUUCAAUGACUUAAUUUGAACUAGUCAAAGAUUCUAGUCACUAUACCAAAGAAUUUAUCUGAGAUACACACGUACCAAAGAAAUUUAAGUAUAAGACAAGCUUCUUCAAGAUGUAUUCUAUGGAUAAUUUGGAAUUAGACAUGAUGAAUCGCCAGUACAUGUACGAGGCUCAUAGUUUCCUUGGAAAUCCUGCGAUUCCAGCUCUGCCACCGCAUUGCGGAGCACCUACCACGGCUACGCUGCCUUCGAUUCCGUCGCAGCUAGCUUCUCAUACUGCUGGCAGUACUGGAAGUACCAGUGGCAGUGAAAUUUAUUUAUAUGACGAGAACAGCACCGACAAUGAGAGCGCUUACAGCAGUGACCAGGAAAACCACACCAGAGAUGUAAUAAUGAUUUCUAGACGAAGUCAGAGCAACAGAAGGAACGGGGCAACGGGAAAAAGUCCAAGGCAGGCGGUGCAACAGAGGCAGGCUGCCAAUAUGAGGGAGAGGAGACGUAUGCAGAAUAUAAACGACGCCUUUGAAGGCCUUAGGGCUCACAUACCAACUUUGCCCUACGAAAAGAGACUCUCUAAAGUAGAUACAUUAAAAUUGGCGAUCGGUUACAUAAAGUUCCUGAACGAACUGGUCAGAGCUGACAAGGGCAACGAUCCUCUGACAGGAAACGGAGGUCUCUCGAGGUGCUCCGGUCGAGACGACACUAAGAAGGUCAUAAUUCGUGGCAGCGAGGGGAACCCAUUCAUUUUCCAUUCUUUGUCCUGGUCUAGGAAGUCGGACAUCUCCCCGAAUGGGACGAUGUACGCGAAAGUCUGGACCCCGGAGGACCCAAGAACAUCAAAGAAUGGCUCGACAUUCGAAUAAAGUGCUCAGGUGUUAAUUAUUAAGUGCGUCGAGCCUGUUAUUUAGUAUCUAAGGACAGAAAUUUCUAGUCGAUCAUUCAUUUUUCCUAAUUUUUAAUCGUACCAAAAGAACAACAUUUGUUAACAAAAAAAAAAUUAUGCUAAUUAAUUAUCCUGUAUCUCUAGUCGAUUUUAACACGGUUGGACAGUAUUAUUAAAUUAUUAUUGUUAACAUUAUUUAGUUGUCCUAUAUAUAGACAGUAUCGUUCUUUAAAUUAACGUGUCAAUGGAAUUUCAGAUAGGAAUUAAAUAAGAAAUUCCUAUAGAAUGUGAAGAACAUGUGUAACUUCUUUCAGUUUUUUUAGACGUGCUCAAAAAACAGCGAAUCUACGCUUAGUAAAUAGAGGAAAAGGAAAUACAUAAAAAUUCUGUCAGGAGUUUUUCUCUUCUUUUAAGUAAUCCAUUGAUUUCUCUAUUGUCUGACAGAAUUCAUGUUACUAUUGUACAUAUAAAGUGAGUAAAAAAGUGUAAGCAGAUAUUGUUUGUACGUGAAAUGUGAAUAUGCAACAGAAUGAUUGUCAACGUGAUUGCCAUCCAAGCCAAAUAAAGUAGGUUCUUCAAGUUUCAAACUGUUUCAUCUUUU